AUACUUUAUUAUUAGAUACAGAUAACAUUGUUGUAACUAAAGAAGCAGGUAAAGAUGAAAAUGCAACUACAGUAGAUGUAGAUGCUAAUGCUGCUACUGCAGAAGUGGAUAUAUUAUUACUAUUUUCUUCUUUAUCAGAAUUACCAAAAUAA